AUGAAUCUGACUGGAUCAUCGUUGGCCAGAGCCCGUGUUUAUCUGAUAAUCGUCCCUGCAUUUCUGUUGUUCGGCUACAAUCAGUCGAACAUAGGUGGCGUUCUCGAUUACCCGUCCUUCGUCAAGCAUUUCCCGCCGAUAGAUACGACCAGCACGUCUGACUCUGUCGAAACCCGCAAUGCAACUGUUCAGGGGACGGUCGUCGCCAUCUAUACCAUCGGAUGUUUAAUCGGCGCCCUUGGAGUUACCCAGCUUGGGAACCGCAUUGGACGCCGCAAGUCCUUACUCGUCGUCGCUGCCGUUGCUGCUAUCGGCCUUACCAUUCAGGCCACUUCCUACAGUAUCGGGCAACUUGUUGUAGGUCGUAUCAUCUCUGGGAUUGGGACCGGUGGCGUCAAUGCGGUUGUUCCUGUCUGGCAGAGCGAGUGCACCAAACCCAAGAGUCGAGGCAAAAACGUGGUCAUUAUCGGUAUUUUUAUUUCCUCCGGCAUCGCCAUAGCCGGCUGGGUAAACUUUGGUCUUUCCUUCAUGCAAGAGAACGAGAUGUCUUGGCGCCUCCCUCUGGCUUUACCAACUAUCUUCACCCUCAUGCUUAUGGCGUUUACCAUGUCUUUCCCAGAGUCUCCCCGCUGGUUAGUCAGCAAGGGCCUCCGAGAGGAAGCCCACACAGCGAGAGGGUAG